AGACCAUUAUUACCGCCCCUGGAGGCAAAGCUGGCUGGUCGCAAGUGCCUGGUGCUGGAUCUAGAUGAAACCCUGCUGCAUAGCAGCUUCAAGAUGAUACCCCAUGCCGAUUAUGUCGUCCCCGUUGAGAUCGAAUGGCAAUGGCACAAUGUGUACUGUAUCAAGCGCCCAGGAGUUGACGCAUUCCUACGGGAAAUGGGCGACCACUACGAAGUCGUCGUUUUCACCGCAUCCUUAUCCAAGUAUGCCGAUCCCGUACUGGACAAGCUAGAUGUAAACCGUGUCAUCUCUCACCGCCUUUUCCGCGAAAGCUGCUACAACCACAAAGGCAACUACGUGAAGGACCUGUCUCGUCUCGGGCGACCAAUCCAAGACAUGAUCAUCCUCGAUAACUCCCCGGCAAGCUACAUCUUCCAUCCGAACAAUGCAGUGCCCGUGACGAGCUGGUUCAACGACCCGCACGACACUGAAUUGACAGAUCUGUGUCCGUUCUUGAAAGAUAUCAAGGAUGUCGAAGAUGUCCGUGGCGUGCUGGAUGGGAACCUUGCAUAUUGA